GGAGUCCCCGAAGGGGAGAGACUGACCCGCCGGCGCGUGUCGGCGUCGCGGCGUCAGUAUGCGGUCGCGCAUUCUACGCGGGAACACCUGUUUGCUCCGGCGGCGGCGGCUGCAUCGGCUCGCGUGCUACACGACCGCGAUUAGUUCGCGGGGCAAAGAAAGGGAACAAUAAAGGGAGGGCGAGAAAGAAAGAGAAAGAGAGAGAGAGAGAGAGAGAGAGGCAGAGAGGGGUCUAAUAUCUUCGAUAUCGGAGGGAGAAAGAGAAAAAGAAAGAGAGCACUUAACACACAAUCAUCGCCAAAGAUACAGAGUAGGAAAAGGAGGAGAGGUACAGGGAGAAGAGGGCGACAAAGAGAAAGAGAAACAGAGAAAGGACGAAGUCCGCGAGGCUUCCACCACGUGUCCCUCGUUCUUCUCGAUUGUACACGCUGGUGGUCGCCAUUGAGAGAGGUUUUUAUGGUGGUCCCCCUACCACGCGCGCCCACCUUUAUGUCCCGCGACUGAAUGGACAGGGCGAGCAGCGACUGCCGGCUCCUCUAUGAGAUAAUAGGCCCGCGAGGCCGCACCCGUUGCCAUUCAGGCCUCGACCCCGGCAACCGAUUCGGGAUCGAAUCGCGAGAGAGAGAGACCGAGAAGCGAGAGGCGAGGGCGGACAUCGCCGCUGCGGCCCGCAGUCAUGCUCACCAUACAGAACGACAUGUCGCCGCGCAACGGCUCCUGCGUGGCGGAAGUGAGCUCUGUGAGGAGCCUCUCGUCGGACGAUGUUUCGGGAGCCAAGGCGAACCGGAAGAAGUCGUGCUGGGCCCGCGCGACUGAUCCGGCUCAUCGUCGCGGCCGACGGAUCCAGCUGCUGCAGAUGCUGGUGCUGCCGUUCAUACCGAUCCUCGCUUUGAUCGUGCAGACCGCCAAUACCCUCCACGACAUCCUGAUCUACCGCCAGGAGGUGUCCGACAUAGAGACGCAGGUGACGAUAGCAACGGACUUGGGCAAAAUGGUCACCAGCAUGCAGCUGGAGAGGUCCGAGGUGGCUUUUUUCAUCUACACCAACGGCAACACGUUAAGGUCGAACCUGACGCAGAGAUUCGCCAUAACCGACCAGGACCUCCACAACAUGAGCACGUGGCCGUUGGUGUCUGUGCCCAGGGACGAGAGCAAGACGGAAACAUACGACGUGGUGAGCAAGGAGGCCUUCCAGGCGCGCCUGGAGGACUUCAGGCAGAAAAUAAGUUCGGAGGAGAGCAGCAUCAGCGAGGUGAUGUCAUGGUACACGAAGGUGAACGCCGCUAUGCUGGACCACCUGACUAAGCAGAUCAAGGAGACGGACAACAGCGGGGUGUGGAGGUAUUUGAUAGCCUUCAAGAACCUCCUGCGGAGCAUCGAGAGCCUCGGGAUCGCCUCCGUGGAGGGGAUCAAUUACUUCGGCCGAGGUCUCCUCUUCGGUGACAACUACAUCAAUUACGUUCGCCACGAGGCGCUGGGUAGCGACCUUCUGACCGCCGCCCUGACGUACGUGCCCUCUUUGAAGAAGUUUUACGAAGAGCUCACGCGCACCAUGCCCGAGUACGACAAGAUCAAGGCAAGACGAGACGAGAUCCUGCAGAAUCAAAAGAGGGAGUCGAGCGUAGAAGACGCAAUCGCUUACCUCGACUCGAUGGCCACUUACAUCGACGAGCUGCGGAAACUGCAGCGGGAAUUGCGUCACAUGAUAAGGGAUUACGUAAAUUCGACGUUACAAGACGCGAGCAACAAGGAAGUCGCGGGGAUCGCUAUCGUCGUUCUGGUUCUGGUUGUAUCCCCUAUCAUCAUCAUACUGAUGCGCAACGCCGUCGCCACCAUUCAGAUGUAUGCUGCGAAUUUGGCUCAGAAGGCACGCGAACUCAAACGCGAAAAAAGAAAGAGCGACACGUUGCUCUUUCAAAUGCUUCCACCCAGUGUUGCCCAACAACUCAAGCAGACCCAGCAGGUGCCAGCGGAGUAUUACGAGGCGGUGACCGUCUACUUCAGUGACAUAGUCGGCUUCACGGAGAUCGCCGCGGAGAACACGCCCCUCGAGGUGGUGACGUUCCUCAACUCGAUCUACAAGCUAUUCGACGCACGCAUCGAGUGCUAUGACGUCUACAAGGUAGAGACCAUCGGGGACUCCUACAUGGUUGCUUCCGGUCUGCCCGUUAGAAAUGGUAAAAGUGACAAGCACGUGUCCGAGAUCGCUACAAUGGCGUUGGACUUGCUGGCGGCUUCGUCCGUAUUCCAGGUGCCCAAACGUCCCGGCGAACGGCUGCAGAUACGAAGCGGGGCUCACACUGGGCCCGUCGUCGCUGGCAUCGUCGGGAGCAAGAUGCCUCGUUAUUGCCUCUUCGGUGAUACCGUGAACACAGCGAGUCGCAUGGAAUCGACCGGCGAAGCCCUGAGAAUUCACAUCAGCUUGGAGAUGAAAAAAGCGCUCGACGCUGUGGGCGGUUUCAAGAUCGAGCAUCGUGGCCUUGUUGACGUAAAGGGUAAGGGCCUCAUGGACACGUAUUGGUUGGAGUGCAAGGACGGUGGUAUCGCACGCGCUGCUGAGCUCGACUUGCCAACAUUCUUCGAGGACGUGAGACCGGUCUUCAUGCGACGCCUGCGUGAGGAGGGUACCCUCUGAUGCGAACCGUACUCUCGUCGGGACCUCUGGUA